GCGCAGCACCGGAAGUGAGCGUGCACUUCCGGCCGGUAGGGCCUGUGCAGCCGCCGCCACCGCCAUGAAGGACGUGCCGGGGUUCCUGCAGCAGAGCCAGAGCGCGGGGCCGGGUCAGGCCGCCGUCUGGCACCGCCUGGAGGAGCUCUACAACAAGAAGCUCUGGCACCAGCUGACGCUGCAGGUGUUGGACUUUGUCCAGGACCCCUGCUUCGCCCAGGGAGAUGGGCUCAUCAAGCUUUAUGAGAACUUCAUCAGCGAGUUUGAGCACAGGGUGAACCCCCUGUCGCUGGUGGAGAUCAUCCUGCAUGUCGUCAGGCAGAUGACAGAUCCCAAUGUGGCCCUUACUUUUCUGGAAAAGACUCGAGAAAAGGUCAAGAGCAGCGAUGAAGCCGUCAUCCUGUGCAAAACAGCCAUUGGGGCGCUCAAGCUGAACAUCGGGGACCUGCAAGUCACCAAGGAGACCAUUGAGGAGGUUGAGGAGAUGCUGAACAACCUCCCUGGGGUGACUUCGGUCCACAGCCGCUUCUACGACCUCUCCAGCAAGUACUACCAGACGAUUGGGAACCACGCCUCCUACUAUAAGGAUGCGCUGCGGUUUCUGGGAUGCAUCGAUGUGAAAGAUCUACCAGUCUCGGAGCAGCAGGAGAGAGCCUUUACCCUGGGACUGGCUGGGCUUCUGGGAGAGGGUGUUUAUAACUUUGGGGAGCUGCUGAUGCAUCCUGUCCUGGAGUCCCUGAGGAACACGGAACAGCAGUGGCUGAUCGACACCCUCUACGCCUUCAACAGUGGCAAUGUGGAGACGUUCCAGUCUCUGAAGUCAGCAUGGGGUCAGCAGCUGGACCUCGCUGCAAACGAAGCGCUCCUGCUGCAGAAGAUCCAGCUGUUGUGUCUGAUGGAGAUGACUUUCACCCGGCCGGCCAACCACCGACAGCUCACGUUCGAAGAGAUCGCCAAGAGUGCCAAAGUCACUGUAAACGAGGUGGAGCUGCUGGUGAUGAAGGCUCUCUCAGUGGGCCUGGUGAAAGGCAGCAUCGAUGAAGUCGAUAAGCGAGUGCACAUGACGUGGGUGCAGCCACGCGUGCUGGAUUUACAGCAGAUUAAGGGGAUGAAGGACCGCCUGGAGUUCUGGUGCACGGAUGUGAGGAGCAUGGAGAUGCUGGUGGAGCACCAAGCCCAUGACAUCCUGACAUAGAGGACCUGGCGCUGCCCCUGGCGAGUGACUCCUGCUGCUGUGGAGGCCGGCAGCGCUCCGACCGCUGGCUCUGUGCUGAACUAUGGGGGUGGGUGGGCAGAGGGGGGGGAGCCGCUUCCCGGUGCUUGUCCGGAGGGGUGAGUGGCCUUUUGUGUGUGACCCUUUGGUGCUUGGAGUCAAGACUUGCCUCUGUGCCGACGCUGGCGGCACUGACACGCAAGUUCCUGUCCUGUGCUCAUGAGAGGAGGAUGAGGGCUCUGCGGUGGCUGCGUUAUGGAUCUCGCUAUUGAGUGGCUGUGGGAGGGUGUGGUGCAGGUGGCGUUUGCAGGUGAAGGGCCAGCAGAGGCGGCUGUGACAACCUGCCAGGGUGGUGCCUGAUCCCUGUGUGGUGCUGGCCUGUGGAGCGCGUGGCCUUUCCUGGCAGCCUCUCACCAAAGGCAGCGUUCCCAAAAUCCCCUCUCUCCUUUUGCCUCAUUCUCCACUGCCCCUGCUCUGUGUCUGCAGCAGAAGAGAGUGUUUACUCCAUUUUUCCAGGGUUGCCGCUUGAUGAAUGGGGUUUGGAUGCGUUUGGGGUGGAUUUCUCUUAGGAACACGUGCUGAAGCGAGGUGCA